UACUGUAGUUUUGAGUCAUCGAGACUGAGAAGUGUACGUAGCAGCGCAUAUACAUCGCUCUGAAACCUGCUUUUACACCCUCAUCCUUUAUUUUAUGCCUUGUACAUUUGUGUAAAUAGACAUUUUCUAUUUUUUGUAUAGCGAGGCAACAUUAACACCAUGGAACUAAACUCUCUUUUAAUUCUGCUGGAGGCUGCAGAGUACUUGGAAAGAAGAGACAGAGAGGCAGAGCAUGGUUACGCGUCUGUUUUACCAUACAGCAGCGAGUUUUCCCGAAAGAAAACGAAAGCAUCGCCGAUUUCCAGAAAAGCUCAGAACAAUAGAUCAUCACACAACGAGCUGGAGAAACACAGACGUGCCAAACUACGGCUCUACUUGGAGCAGUUGAAGAAGCUGGUGCCUUUGGGUCCAGACAGCACGAGACACACCACUCUGAGCCUGCUGAAAAGGGCCAAGAUGCACAUCAAGAAGCUGGAAGAGCAGGACAGGAAGGCUUUAAACGUGAAGGAGCAGCUUCAGAGAGAGCACCGCUACCUCAAACGCCGCCUGGAGCAGCUCUCGGUGUCGGGGUCCGUGGAGCGCGUCCGCACCGACAGCAUGGGCUCCACCAUCUCCACCGACUCGGAGCAAGAGGUCGACAUAGAGGGCACGGAGUUCACCCCCGUGGAGGCGGACAGCGUGGACAGCAUCAGCGACGGCGAGGAGGAGGAGGAGGAGGAGGAGGAGGAGGAGGAGGAGGACCACUACAGCCUCCAGAGCAGCUCCAGCGACACCAGCUACACAGCCACACAUUCCCACAGACUGCAGCCGCACCACUGUUAGACUCCGCACGGCCAUCCAUCUCUCAACCAGCUUCCUCACCCCCGUGCUUCCCUCCCCUCACCCCGACCUCCCCCCCCCCCUCCGCUCCCCGAUUUGCAGUCGCGCGCCAACUACCUACACCAGACUCGGUCCGCGACGGCGCAAAACACCCGGCCACCACUCUCCAGGAAGCGCACUCAAGAACUUCCUGUGAUCCCCACCCCCCCCCCCCCCCCCCCCCCCCCCCCCCCACCCCCCACGCCGACCACCUACUGUAUCCUACCUGGACCUGCCCCUCCUGACGCACCCCGCCCUCUCACUGCCCUCACCACCCCUACCUAGAGUUGCGCAGAGCAGAGUUCGCGGUGUUCGUCCGUAACUCCUGCGGUUGAGGUGGACGGCUUUGACUUGUUAAUUCGAGCGCGUUUGCGUAGGUGCGCACGAGAGAAGAGUUUAAAAGAGGUCAAAAAAUAAAUAUUAGACUCAAGUCACCCUCACGCGGCACAGACAAGGCUUUGCUAGAGCUUUGUGAUAAAAAAAAAAAAAAAAAAAAAAGGUGAAGCACUUCUGUUCGCUCUGCGACAUAUGCAACACUGGGAACCUGGAAAGUAGUUCUAAUGAAACAGUAUCUUCCGGUUACACAAUCAGACUUACAGGAGUAGCUAUUGCAGAUGUCCUGCGGGUUUCUUUGAAACAUUUGAUUACUCAAAUUCACUUUCUUGUUGAGAGCUGGGUGAGUACGUGUCAGAGCAUCUGCUACCAGCGCCUGUGAAGCUCACAGACAAUACGUGGAAUUAAUACAGACACGGUGAAGAAGUAGCCUCGCUUGUCAGCCCUUCAUCUGGACUGUGAAGGACAGUUUUUAUACGCAUUAAACAAAGAAGAUAUCUUAGACCGUGCUGGGCUGUUUGCCCUGCUUCUCGCCUUUAAGCUAAGCUAAGCUAAGCUAAGCUAAGCUAAGCUAAGCAGCUGCCGCCUACAGCUUCACAUUUACUGUUCUCAUCAAACUCUCAGCAUCUAGUGUUAGCAUUAAGUUCAGGACCUUUCCAGUGGCACCUCUCGACGCUGCGACACCUUGAGCAAGUGCUGUCAAAGAAAAACGCAAGAAAAAGAAAGAAAAAGUUUCAGAGCUGCAGCAGAAAUGAACGAAUGUAAAUAGAUGUACAGUUACUGUCUCCCUCUGGUUGGGUUUCCUAACCACUACUCCACACUACUGACCACUACACUAUACCACCCUAUGGUGUGGAUGGACUACUAUGUAAAAUGAAAUGAAAAACAAACAAACAAAAAAAAGAGUUGCCUAACAACUAAAACUCUUUUUUUUUUAUUAAAGAUCAACUUCUCAGUAGCUCAUCGAUGUAGCAUUUAAUACGAGAGGCGGGCGCUUCCUCUGAGUGUUAAAUUGACUCUGGCGAACCAGGUGUUACUUUUUUUGUCCCUUUGUUAACCCAGUAGAUUGGGCAUUGGUUGCUAACAGAUAUCGGACCUGCAGAAAAAUGGGCUGUCGUCCUUUUUUUUUUUUUCACUAAAGGGUCCUCGUCUGUACGCACAACGCCACCCAUACUAGGAAUUUGCAUUUCUCUGCAGCUCUGUUGCUUUUUUUUUUUUUUUGGGAAAAGUUGAUUUUUUUUUUAGCUCCAAUUAACAAGUCAAAGCUGUAAAAAAAAAAAAAAAGAAAAAAAAGAAAAAGAAAAAAAGAUUAGAGGAGCUCAGUUUAGCAAACUAAUAACGUUGAGUUCAUUUCUAUAACAGGAGUAAUAAUCUUCUUUUCUUUGCUGUCACAUUUUUUUUCUCUUCUCCGGAGCUUUGGACAACGUAGAUGGGAGAUCUUCUCUAACUUUUCUCUGACUUUAUGCACAGUAGCAUCGACAGGGGAGGGCGCUUCACUCGCCCUCUGACCAUUUAAAUAAUCGUUAGACCCAGUCUCUGGCAGUCUUUAGAGCUUGGCACUUUAAAAAGUUUAAAAAAAAUAAAUAAAAUAAAUGAAAUAAAAUAAAGGGGGGGCUGGUCCGCCGUGGCUGGUCUGACCGAAAAAAAAAAAUAAAUAAUAAUAAAAAUAAUAAUAUUAAUAAUAAAAUACUAUGAAAGAUUUGCAUAAAAACUUCCAUACAAAAGAAGCUACUUGUCGCCGAGAGGUGACGUUAGCCGGUGUAGUCUAUAUUUCUGGUAUUAAAUUUUGUAUUAUAUUUUCCUAAAGGUUCUAAUGAAAAGACAAAAAAGAGUGAGUAUAUCAAUGUAUCUAUAUAAAUAUAUAAAUAUGCGAGUGAGGGAGACAAGUCAGACCGGAGGCCGGGCUCGUUGAAGGGAGAGUGGGGGCAGGGGAGCUGAUACACUGGCCCCUCUCCCUUGGGUGACUCUCCUGCUGUCAUUCUGUGCCUUGGUGAGCCUUCGACCUCCCGCCUCCUCCUCCUCCUCCUCCUCCCACCUCCCCCAUCCUCAUCCCCCCUACUCAGGUCACACUCCCCUCGCUCUCCUCCUCCUCCUCCUCCUCCUCCCCCCCGUCCUCCUCUGGUGGGGUUUUGAUUCCGACCCUCACCGUGCGAAAAAACACUUCCAUGAGCAGACGGGGCGUGUGUGAAGAGAAGGACCUCGUUUAAAAAAAAGACAAAAAGAGAAAAAAAAAAAGAGAGAGAAGCCCCUUUGGUCUCUACUGAAGCCGCUGUUGUACUACACCCUGUCCUGGCACCUCCUCUCCUCCCCCCUUCCUCCUCCCCCUCGAUGCCCACCCGUCUGCCAGUGCCGCCGCUGUCACGGAAAAAAUAAAACACACAAACACUGGUAAUAAAAAAAACUCCCAUGGCAGCUUCCAGUCGCUCCGAAUGGUCACCGACGGGGUUUAACACUUCUGGGCUUGAAGCGUGUUUAUCUUUUUUUUUUCUUUUUGUGUUCUCAUUUUACUAUUAUUGUAUGUCGACUAUGUGUUUUUCAGUGGGAGUCGCCGCUGGGAUAGGAGCGAUAAAAAAUAAUUCAAUCAAUGGCAGCUUAAAGUGUUAUCCUCCGAGCUCCCAGCGGUCCGUCCCCGCCCCCCACCCCCUACACCUUGAAACAAAAAAAAAAAAAAAAAAGUGUUACCCAUUGAUCAGGGGACCUCUUGAGACACAGCAAUAUUUACCAUCUUGUGCUUUUUAGUGGGUGGGAGGGGGGGCAGGGUUUUUAAGACAAGCAGGUGGUUUUGCUCUUGACUCUGUGGUGCAUUUUUUUUUGGUGACCAACUCUUUUGUUUUGUUUCAGUGAUUUGACCUCCUAUCUGCACUCUCUCCAUACACUGCAGGAGGGCAAAAAAAAAUUUUUUUUAACUAGAUGAGAAAAAAAAAAGCUGAGUUUACAUUCAUGUCAAAUGAUUUGUACAUGACUGUUUGUAGCAAAUAUUGUCCUUUUUUUUUUUUUUUUCUCGCGUUUGUUGGUCAAAUGAACAACUGAGUAAACCAUAUUGAUGGCUUAGGAUUAUUCUCUUGCACAGAACCUCCCAGUAAGAAAAGAGUCAGGACGGGGGGGGGGUACAAGGCCAGACAUGAGAUUAUAAUUUUUCAGUGGCAUCGUUGAAAAAAAAAAAACGGACGUAGCACCACGCUCCCAGCGAGAGAUUUGCGAGCGGCUUCACGAGCUUCUGGACGUGGUAACAUUUGGUGUGAAUGUCGGACGGUUCGUGUUUAUGGAAAAUCUUUUAAUGAUGUGCCUUGGCAAAAGUUAUUUUCUUAAAAAAUUUUAAAUGAACUAAAAAAGCGAGAGAUUGUACCGAUUCAUGAAGACUGUUAGGAGGCGCUGCCGCUUCUCUUCUCGCCGCAGACAUUCACAGAAGUCGAGGAGUCGAGUGACGUUAAAAGAGAAGAGGCCCGAAAAUCCCAAACUCCUUCAGGCGGACGAGAUUUGACGUUUGACCGUCGCGUUGCUGUUGCACAGAGAUUUGCUCCGGUGUGUCCGGGUUUUACCGGGAGCACGGAAAGCUUGGGGGAAGUCAGCAGGCCGAGGAGAGAGAAAGAAAUGAAGAGGGCGGAAACAAAAGUGAAGCGCACACCGGGGCCGAGGUCAGCUCACUAAAGACGUCUUUCUGUCCCUCGGCCUGCUGAUUAUCGGUGCUUCUGAAACCGACACUUCCGCAAAAUGUUAUUCCUGCCAAAUGAAUAGUCACUUUGAAUCCUUCCACGAUUAAAAAGAUUUCCUUGUUUGUAAUUCCACGAGAAUAGCUUUAACUACUUGUAGGGUUUCUCCUCAGAUUUCCACUUUCCACACUUCAGCCUCCCGUGCUUUUCCUCCUUGCGUCGCAUCUUUAAUUAUCGGGGUGGCGCUCUACGUCGAUAACGACGAGCGUCACGGUUUUUUUUUUUUUCUUUAUCAACCAGAGCCUACGGGGCUGUAGUAGAGGGCGAGCUGGCUUGGGUUUAGUCGAGAGGAGGACGACGUCGAGGAGUGUGUUAGGGCUGACAUACUGUGCAGAGUAGGGAGAGUUCUGUGCCAGAGACCUGUGAAUAAGUUCCUUUUUAGCGGACGUGUAAUAUGCAUUCAGAUGUUGUAUAAGUUUCUUUUUUUUUUUUUUUUUGUGUUUUGUGUGCGAGCGUGCGUACACGGAAUACCUGGUGCUGGCUAUGUUUUACCAAACACUUAAAGGUAUCGUGUGUCGUCUCCAUUGUAAUAUAAUUAAAAUGUUUUAUACGUAAA